AGCAAGUCCCACGCACACGCCAGAAAAAAUUUUAAUCUUCUUUUCCUGGAACUAUCUUGGUUGGCAUCGUCAGGCCCUGAGAGCACAGUGCAUGUCAGAAUCUAAGAUUCCACUUUUCAAAAUGAAGGACCUGGUGCUGAUUCUGUGCUUCCUGCACAUGAGUGUCGCGGUGCCGGUGUUUCCGCAGCAAUCUGGGAUCCCAGGCAUGGCUAGUUUGAGCCUUGAGACAAUGAGACAGUUGGGAAGUCUGCAGGGAUUAAACACACUUUCUCAGUUUUCUAGAUAUGGCUUUGGGAAAUCAUUUAAUUCUUUGUGGAUGAAUGGUCUCCUCCCGCCACACUCCUCUUUCCCAUGGAUGAGACCAAGGGAGCAUGAAACUCAACAAUAUGAAUAUUCUUUGCCUGUGCAUCCCCCACCUCUCCCAUCACAGCCAUCGCUGCAGCCUCAACAGGCAGGACUAAAACCUUUCCUCCAGCCCACUGCUGCAAACGCCAUCCAGGCCACAGAACAGAAGGGAGGGCCUCAGCCUCCGAUGCGCUUGGAACAGCUGCCCUUGCAGGAAGGAGAACUGCCUGCGAUUCAGCAGCAGGUGGCACCGUCAGACAAGCCACCAAAGCCUGAGGUACUUCCUUUCUCUGAAGUCAGAUCAGGAUCACUCUCUAUCCUAAUAAAAGACCAAUUCGCAGGCAAAUCCCUCCCAACAGUGGAUUUUGCUGAUCCACAAGGUCCAACAAUAUUCCAAAUAGCCCGUUUGAUAGCUCGGGGACCAAUGACACAAAAUAAACAAUCUCCACUUUACCCAGGAAUGUUUUACAUGUCCUAUGGAGCAAAUCAAUUGAAUGCCCCUGGCAGACUUGGCAUCAUGAGUUCAGAAGAAAUGGCCGGAGGGAGAGGAGGCCCCAUGGCCUAUGAAGCCAUGUUCCCAGGAUUUGGAGGCGUGAGGCCCAGCCUUGGGGGACUGCCCCACAAUCCAGCCAUGGGUGGGGACUUGACUCUGGAAUUCGACUCCCCGAUGGCUGCAACCAAAGGCCCAGAGAAGGGAGAGGGGGGUGCACAAGACUCCCCCAUCCUGGAAGCCAACCCAACCAAUCCGGAAAACCCAGGUCUCCUUCCAGAGCUGGCCCCUGAUGCCCACGCAGGGCUCCUGGCUUUCCCUGAGGACAAUGACCCCAGCUUGGCAAGGGGCCCCGCGGGGCAGAGGAUGGGACCUCCCGGUGUCACCCCAGCAGCCGCUGAUCCACUGAUGACCCCUGAAUUAGCUGAUGUUUACGAGACCUACGGAGCUGACAUGACCACACCCCUGGAAGCAGCCACAGACACCACGAUGACCCCAGACCCUCAGGAAACUUCCAUGCCAGAAAACAAAGCCCAGCAGCCCCAGAUCGUGCACAAUGCGUGGCAUUUCCAAGAGCCCUGA